AUGGAGAUUUGUUUGUACGAUAUAGAGAUCCCUCUCUCAGAGGCAACAGAACAAUUUUAUUAUGCAUUUGCUGCUCCUGAGCUGCAGACAGACGAUAAUACAUUUGCUUCUUCUCAGCAGGCCUACUCCAACAGCAGCAGCAGCAGCAGCAGCAGGAGCAGCAGGAGCAGCAGCAUCAGCACACAAGCUUUUGGGGGACCCUUAAACGACACCGCGCUGCGUUUAGCUGCAUGUAUAGCAGCAGAUGCCUCGGAGGAAGACGACGAAAGCGAAGAAGAAGAAGAGCAGCAAACACAAAACUUCAACAGCAGCAGCAACAGCAGCAGCAGCAGCAGCAGCAGCAGCUACGAGGAGUUUUCAGACAACUCCGGGAUGCGCUAUACAACCCCCACCCACAUCGUAGAGUGCAGCAAUUAUCUCGUCGGACAAUCGGGGGCAGGCACCUGCUGGAAGUGGCUGGGGAUGGUCUCCAACAGAAACGAUCCCAGAAGAGACGAUCCCAACAGAAACGAUCCCAGAAGAGACGAUCCCACAAGAGAAGAUCUUGAGAGAGACGAUCCCGGAAGAGGCGACCUCAACGGACACGAUCCCAGAAGAGACGAUCCCAACAGAGACGAUCCCGAGAGAGAUGCCGCCAAUAGAGACGAUCAAGAAAGAAAGGAGACUGGAGGAGACGAUCCCCAAGGAGACGAUCCCAGGAAAGGCGAUCCCAGAGACGAUCCCGAGGGAGCUGAUAUUGAAAGAGUCGAUCCCAAUAGAGACGAUCCCAAGGGGGGCGAUCCCAGCAGAGACGAUCCCAGGAGACACGAUCCCGAGGGAGACGAUCCCGAAGGAGACGAUCCCGACACCUGGGAGUUUGUUGUAUUUAUGUUGAUCCCCAAGGCCCCUCCUCCUGGAUUCACGCUGAGAGAAGAAGAGAGACACAUGCCUACGGUGGUCGUACACCUGAAGCAAGCUAAUGAUAUGCAAGCAGCAAAAAGCAGCUUAAGGGCAGCACGAAAGCACCUCGAAAGACAACGCCAACUGCAGCAGCAGCAGCAACAGCAGCAGCAGCAACAGCAGCAGCAGAUGCAGCACCGAGAACAGCGAUACCUGACAUACGAACAGCAGCAGCAGCAGCAAAUGCAACAGCAGCAGCUACGCAGCCCGAGAGACACGAGAUCGCCGCUGCUUGGGGCGCACCGCUUAUCAUCAGCAGAGGCAGCAGCAGCAGCAGCAGAAGCAGCAGAAGCAGAAGCAGCAGCAGCAGAGGCAGCAGAGGCAGCAGCAGCAGCAGCAGAAGCAGCAGAAGCAGAAGCAGCAGCAGCAGAGGCAGCAGCAGCAGAUGCCAUAGCAGCAGCAGAAGCAGCGGAAGCAGCAGCAGCUGCUGCAGAAGCGGUAACAGCAGCAGAUGCAGCCGAAGCAGCAGCAGAAAUUGCAGAAGCAGCACAAGCUGCACAAGCUGCAGAAGCAGCAGCAGCAGAAGCAGCACAAGCAGCAGCAGCUGCAGCAGCAGAAGCAGCACAUGCAGCAGCAAAAGCUGCAGCAGAAGCAGCAGCAGCAGCACUAGACCUCUUAAACUAA